AUGGCAUCUCUUGACCCCACUGCUCGAUGGAGGUAUCUUUACAAAGUCCUGACCAAGGAUGGUCCAUUCACCGAUGGAGAUUGGGUUCCCGGUCCGGAGACAAUAAGUGCUUUGGAAUCAUCCAAGAUCUUAGGCGCUGGUGGAUUAGGAUGCGAGAUUCUUAAGAAUCUCGCCCUGUCAGGCUUCAAGGACAUCCAUGUCAUAGACAUGGAUACCAUUGACAUCUCCAAUCUUAACCGACAGUUUCUGUUCCGCCAGUCAGACAUUGGCAAACCCAAAGCCGAGGUCGCUGCAGCAUUCGUAGAAAAGCGAGUCAAGGGAGUUAAGAUUACGCCCUAUGUAGGGAAGAUCCAGGACAAAGAUGAAGACUACUACAUGCAAUUCAAAAUCAUUGUCUGUGGUCUUGACAGUAUCGAAGCUCGACGAUGGAUCAAUGCCACUCUUAUCGGGAUGGUCGACCCUGAGAACCCGGAAAGCCUCAAACCUCUGAUUGAUGGCGGGACAGAAGGAUUCAAGGGCCAGGCCCGAGUGAUUCUUCCUACAAUCUCUUCUUGCAUCGAGUGCCAACUAGAUAUGCAUGCCCCUCGACCGGCCGUUCCGCUGUGCACAAUUGCAACUAUUCCCAGGCAGCCCCAACACUGCAUUGAAUGGGCUCACCAGAUAGCCUGGCAAGAAAAACGUAAGGACGAUGCCUUCGACAGCGACGACAUGGAGCAUAUAUCCUGGGUAUACAACGCUGCCCUCAAAAGAGCGCAACAAUUCCACAUCCACGGUGUCACGUUCCAGAUGACCCAAGGCGUUGUCAAGAACAUUAUUCCCGCCAUUGCCUCCACGAACGCCGUCAUCGCAGCCUCUACUACUUCCGAGGCGCUGAAGAUCGCUACCUCCUGCAACCCGUAUCUGGAGAACUACAUGAUGUACGCUGGUGAAGAGGGUGUCUACACAUAUACCUUCGAGGCAGAGCAGAAACCGGACUGUCCUGUCUGUGGCAGUCUGGCGCGGAAAUUAACCGUGGAUCCGAAUAUGACACUCGAAGAAUUCAUCGAGAGUCUCGGAGAGCGAGCCGAGGCUCAGGUUAAGAAGCCCAGUAUGAGAACGGAAGAGAAGACGCUGUACCAGCGCUUCCCUCCGCAGCUGGAAGAGCAGACUAGAAGCAAUUUGAAGCUCAAGCUGAAGGACUUGGUGGAAAACGGUCAGGAAAUCGCUGUCAGCGACCCUGCCUAUACGAUUGACUUCCGCUACCGAUUGAUUUUCAAAUGA